AAUAUUCAUUCAGUUAGUAGCGCUCAGUGACGGUGGACGGAAGUAGUGUCAUGUGACAAAUAGAGAGGAGAAGCUCUUGUGACCUGAUUAGUGGUGAAAUCUUCGGAUGCUUUGACAGUGAAAUAGUGUGCAAUCCGGGCCUUAAUUAUAGUGAUCCAAAAUGCUGACGUCUAGUGGAAACCACUACGUGCGGCCAGAAUAUCUCAACCCAAUACAGGGACACUCCAUCGAGCUUGAUGCCAAAAAGUCCCCCUUGGCCCUGUUAGCACAGACGUGUUCGUCCAUCGGUGCCGAUCUCUCACAGAAGGGCACCAUCCCCCCUGGGGGAGAGAAGGGCAGCAGCAAAGGGAAGACCUCGCCCGGGGCGAAGUCUCCGGCGGCUGCACUUAACAUUACGCCUUCCGACGAGCCCAAGAACUCCUCCAGUACCACCUCCUCUUCCUCCUCAUCCUCCUCCUCUUCCUCCUUCAAGCCCUACGAGAAGAAGAAGGACGAGGACGAGACCAGCAUCACGCCCAAGAGGUCGUCCCCACACACUCGCUCCCCAGGGGCGAGCCAAGCCAGCGUCGAGAGGUCCUCCUCCAGAGAGAGCGAGGGAGGUCGGUCAUCGUCGCGCCCUCACGACCCGCCCACGUCCUCGUCGUCGUCCUCGAUAUCGCCGAGGGUGUCCUCGCCCGUCACGCCAAAGAUGUCCUCCUCCUCCUUGACUACGCACGGCCUCACCAGCCUGAGCGAUCUCACGAAAGACCCCCUAGCAGCUUAUAAGUUAGCCCCUAGUCUCUACCCGCAUUUAGCCCUGGGACUCGACCCCUUGGGGGCAGCGGGGCUGUCAGCCCUCACAGCAAAGGUCCCCACGAGCACAGCGGCCGCCCUGUCGAAUCCUUACAUCGGCUACGCCCGCGUCAAGACAGCCACUGGCACAGAGACGGUGGUGCCCGUGUGCCGCGACCCCUACUGCACCGGAUGCCAAAUCAAUGCCCACGCUGCCCAGGUCGUCAACGGCACAUGCCCUCCAGGGUGCUCCCAGUGCACCCAGAUAGCAGCGCACACCAAAAAUCUCGCCUCGAUACCCGGCCUUCUGCCCACUCUUCCAGCUUCCACGCUGAGCAGUGUAUACCCUCCCGAAUUGUUUUUAUUUUUGUGUUUUUCCCUCGACAGGAGCAGUUUAUACCCUCCCCCGGGGCUCCUGGGCGGCUCCCACCAACCUUACGUGUGCAACUGGAUAGCGGGGGACACCUACUGCGGGAAGCGCUUCGCCACCUCCGAGGACCUCCUCCAGCACCUCCGCACCCACACCAACCUCUCCGCCUCUGACACCACGCUGCCCUUGCACGCCCUUCACCAUCCGCUCCUGGCCGGCCACCUCCCGAGGGGCUACCCGACGCCGCCCCUCUCGCCGCUCUCCGCCGCCCGCUACCACCCCUACGCCAAGCCGCCCACGGCGCACUUGCCACCCACCGCUCCUCUCCCCGCCUCCGCCCUCACGGCCGCGUCGCUGUCGGCCCUGCCGCCCCACCCCCUGUCGGCGUACUACAACCCUUACUCCCUGUACGCGCGGGGCCUGGGCGCGACGACGGGGCUCAAUUAGUGGGCGGCGGAGGCCUGCCUGUAUCUGUCGACGUUGCUGUCUCCUUCGUCAGGUGAAAGAGAAGAAGAAGAAGAAGAAAGAAAAAAGGCUUGCUGAAGGGCGUUGGGGGUCAGCUAUUGGGGAAUGGGUGUGUGGCCGGUGAUGGGCGGCGCCACGGCCCUCGAGAUAGCGGGGGGAAGGGGUUGGGCGCUCCCCCCUUACCCCUUUUCCCCCCCUCCCCCUGAAAAUUAAUACUACUGGAAAGGGCAUUGGGGGCCCCCCUUCGUGUGCUACUGUGAUGUUUUCUCUCUCUCCUUCAACGUGUACAAAUCUGUGUUUGCGCGGAGGUGGCUACGACGUGGCGUUUAUAAAUCGGUGGGUGUCAUUGUGAGUCAGGGGUCGUAAAGGGGGGUUUUGUGGGGGGGGGGCUGUUGAUGAAAAGGAAAAACUGCGAAAAGAGGAUGAGAGAGAGAUAGAGAAGAUGGAGGGAGAGAGAAAAAAGGGGGGGAGAGAUAGCAAGGAGGAAGGUGGUGGGGGAUUAAGUGGUUCUCUCGUAUCAUUCCCCCAUCUUCAUUUCCUGCUGUAUGUGACCCUCGAUCUCAUUGGAUGGGAUGCUGUUUCUUCAUCCCCGUCAGUAGAGGUAAAUGAAGAACGCAGGCCAUUCAUCGGUCCUCCUCCUCCUUCUCCUCUUCCUCCUCCUCUUCCUCUUCUUCUUCCUCCUCCUGGUGGUGGUGGUCCUUGGUCACACGAGGUUGUCCCUCUCCACCUUGGAAGUCUCCCCCCCUUCCCUCCCCUCACUUCCUCCCACCUAGAAAAAAAAAAACAAUGCCCCUGUGCUCUAAAUGUGUUAUUUUAUGUUGUCCGUGUGAGCCGUUUUACUUAACAAUCUGUGAUUAUGUUAUAUAUUUUUUUGUGUUUUGUUCUUUUUGAAAGAAUCCUUAUAAGAAGGACAAUCAUAUCUUAUAUUAUAUUAAUAUAUAUAUUUAGAAAAAAAAAACAGUUCCAUCCCAACACGUGGACCUCCUUGUAUGUAACAAAAAAAGGAAAAAAAAAAAGACUUGGCAAUUAGAGAUCUCAUUUUUUUUCUCUUUCAAUAGUUGAAAUGAUCUAUUUGAUAAAAGACAGAAGGAAAGACGGACUGAUGAUGAUGAGGAAAGAGGAAGUGGAUGAUUAUGGAGAAGGAGGAAAAGAAUAAUAAUCGAGCUUGUACUUUUAUGAUGACUGGCACUCUCUGCCUACAGUUGGAGAUUUCCGAGAACUGUAGACAGACACCACACGCCUCCCUCGAAAGCCCCACAGCCCCUCUCACGUUCCUCCUGCUGUGGUGGACACGCCCCCUUCUCUUCCUUCAGGACUCCGGCAGUGUGUGUGUGUGCGUGUGUGUGUCGUGUGUGUGUGUAUACAUACAUCAUUUCGAACUGUCUCCAGAGGAAAAUAAGAAAAAAAUUAUUAAUUUCUCCAUCAGUGUCAAAUUUCUUCAUCAGCUCAGUUUUUUUUUUUUUUUUUUUUUUUUUUUUUACAGUGUGUCACCGUUAUAUUAAUUUUUUCCAAGACGUGUUUAUUAUGGUUACGUAUUAUUACAUAUUAUUGCCAUCUUUCCCUCUGUCCCUCUCAGCUCCUCCUCCUUUCACUUUUUGUUGUGUUCCUAAGGAAAUAACUAUGAAUCCCAAGCGUACAUCUUCACUGUAUGUACUCCAAGUCAUGUGUCUACGGGAUUGCUAGCUACUUAUUCGUUUGUAUAUUUAUUGUAUAUUAUCUGUAAACCAAGUUUUAGAGAGAAAUACAUUUAUCUACAGUUC